CUGCCCUGUGCUGUCACCUAUACCAGAUCUGAUAAAACAUACAAAUUAUCUCAAAAUUGUACGUGUUUGAGUUUCAGUAUUUCGAAAUAUGGACAAAACUUUGGAGGAGUUCAUCAUAUUGACCCCGCUGACAUGUGUGGAGCAGUGCAAUGCUCUAAUGAAGGCCACAGCAGCAAAACCCAAGACCUGCUACGUAUUCGUCUCGCUCUUUGGCGCGUACUGUGGACUGUUGGCCUAUCGGGCAUAUCGCAGCUAUGUCACCAACACUGGGACAUCGUCAGAGCCAGCACCGGGGCCAUUGGAUGCGAUACCAGCUCUGCCAGCGGCUCUCGUCUCCGAGUUGAGAGAUCUCCCAACUCAGCUGAUGUUCGAGUCCAUUAACCUGUCCGAGAACAGCUGGUGCUUUUACAGUGAGCUGACUACACCCAGCAUGGACCAUCUCGUAAGGACCACUCAGACACUGGAUGAUGAAGAGGCUAACGCCUCAACAUCGACAUCGGUGCCAAAGCUUAAGGCAGUGCCGCAUCAUCUUGAAGACGAGAACUGAGCAAGGAAACGCACCGAAUUUGCUGUCCUGUCCUAUUUUGACCACCUGGUUGAACGGCAAGACCUUGACGCCCUCCUUGAAGCCAGUGGUUUCCGUUUUGUGCAGCUGGUCCUCCAUGUAGAUGAUGGUGUCCACAUUGGGGCACUGGGCCAGCAGGGUCUUGAACUUGGGCAGCAAGUCGUGCGAGGUGAUGACCGUGGUGACUUCCGUUUCGCUGAUGCCUGGCAAGCAAUUAAUUUUCUCACAUUAUUACUCGAAAAUGGUAUAAAUAAAUGGGUCAUAUACUCACA